AUGCCAAUCGCAGCAGAAGUCUCACUGGACGAAGUGCGACGCCACGUCGAUGCCAUCUUCGAGCUUGCUCAGGAGCAAGACGAUCGACAGCGCAUGAUCUUUGCACCGCGCGGCUCCCCAUCCCCCUCCCCCACGCCUGCUCCGACAUUGUCGUGCUGUGAGGUGUCUCGCACUCCUGACGCAUCGGAGGCGAAGGAGUUUGGUAAUGCGAAUGGACCUUUAGUCGGAUGCCACCCUGCGCCAGGCGCAUCGGCUUGUAACGCUAAAACGGAGAACGGCAGCCAGACGCAGCGUCAGACACCAGCCGGCAUGAGAGGCUAUGUCGAUACUCGAAAACUCAGAGCUUUCCUCAGACGAAAUGAGUUGAGGGCAGAAUACAUUGGCGUUCGAUAUUCCGCAGCAGAAGUCGGGAGCGUCGACGCCCGUCGCGUGAACCGCGCUUAUAUGAGGCGUUGCAUUCACCGCUUGGCAGCUCAACUCGCCGAGGAUCACUCUGGCGCAGCCGAUGCACGAAAGGAGAAAGCAGCGACAGGGGACGAGAUUGCGGUGGAGGAGGUCGAUCUACUCGAUCCGCAAGAAAUUUGGCACAAGCGCUGCGGAAACGUCAGCUUGACGUGUUGGCACUACGGAGAGGAUGGGCCUGUUGCGCAGCUUACGCAUGUCGAGCGCGCCAGCUUCGCGAUGUUCGAGAUGGAAGUCAUGGCCAAUGGAUGGAGCCUUCGCUUAUCUGGCCCCGCCAUGGAACAUUGUCGUUUGACCAUUCAAAGACCAGAUGGCAGAGAAGAAUAUCUCGAGCAAGACGCAGUAGAGGGCUGA